AUGCUCUCCAAAAUGGCGGCCGGUACGAUUUACCAGGCCAUAUUACACCUUCAACGCAUGCCGUGGAGGCACUUGCGAGCAGGUAUGGCAUCUGAGUAGAGUCAGAAGGGCAAGGGGUUGAAACAGAUAGGACGUACUUCUACGUUGGCGGCCACUAUGUCAACGCCACGCUCCCUUCGUCUAACACGACAUCCCAAUACAUGACCGGCCAGAUUUAUGUUGAGCAUCUUGUCCCUGAAUUACAUCUUUCUCAAGCGACCAGAGCCCCCAUCGUCUUUAUAACUGGCAAUGGCCAGUCAGGUACCAACUUCCUCAAUACUCCCGAUGGCCGCGAAGGCUGGGCAUCCUAUUUCCUUCGGCAAGGUCAUCCAGUGUACAUCACCGACAUGGCUCAGCGAGGACGCUCGCCGUACAUUCCGGGUGGAGAAACGUUCACGGCCUUCUCCACCGGCACAGUCGAAUCUCAGUUCACGGCAUCGCAGGAUGUUCGGCCUUUACCCUACCCCCAGGCGUCUUUGCACACCCAGUGGCCGGGGACAGGACAUGUGGGCGACCCGAUAUUCGAUGCGUUCUAUGCCAGUCAAGUGCCUGCGCUUUCGAACGAAACAUUGCAGGCCGAAUUGAACAACGCUUCGUACAGCGCCCUUGUGGAUAAGAUCGGUGAGCCUGUGAUUGUCGUGACACAUUCCCAGUCCGGUCCAUUCGGUUGGCAGUUGGCGGAUUCUCGACCUCAUUUGAUUCGCGCACUUGUAGCGAUUGAGCCACAGGGGCCUCCGUUCCAGAAUUGGGCUGGACCGCCAUUUGCUGCCGGGUUUUCGUCUACCGGCGGCUCGAGACGGUUUGGAGUCACGAAUCUGCCAUUGCACUAUGAGCCGAGUAUUGGAGGAGACGGAUCCGAGUUGAUGACGGAAACCGUACUAGCAGCGAAUGCGAAUGUCUCGGCAUGUACCUUGCAAGUUGAGCCCGCAAAAAAACUGGUGAACAUCGCUCAAGUGCCAAUAUUGAUGUUGACUGCGGAGGCAUCCUAUCACAGAGUGUCAGUCUCGGCAGUCUUCUCGUGGUUGAUGAGUGCUAAUGUGGUAACAGUUAUGAUCAUUGCACAGUCAAAUAUCUUGAGCAGGCCGGUGUAGGCGUUGAUUAUGUACAGUUGGGCGAUGUUGGGAUCCACGGCAACUCCCAUUUCGCGUUCUUGGAAAAGAACAAUCUCGAAAUCGUGGACCAAGUUGUCAGGCCAUGGAUGGAUAAGUUUGGCACCACCCAUGUUACUUGCUAG